AUGGAGGAGAAGAAUCCCUCCCGCAUCCACGUUGCGCCGCCGUCCUACCUGCACAAUCGCUCCGAAAUGGCUCUUCCGACUGCGUCUCCCAGCGCUCCAUCCGGUCCGCACCCUCCUCCUCCCUCCCUCUGCACGAGCACCGGCAUCGAGCCCGGCUCCUACUCCCACCCAGUCAUGGCAGCCAACAACUCUUCCGAUGAAGAGGGCGGCCACCCCCCUCGCUACACUCGAGAAAACGAUCCGUUCCAGCUAUCCUCCAAGCUGAAAACCGACGCCGAAAUCGACUCCAUCCCCGCAAAUACGUCGCGACGACGCAGGUUUGCACGACGGAACGGCAAUCCUUCGGCAAAACAGGUCCAGGGCUUCUACAGGACCCAGAACGCAAAUAUUGAACGGCUGUUGAAGCCAGUUGACGAGCAUGUCCGUUUGGCCCGCGAGUUCAACAACCAAAACCAAUUGCGCUACAAAAUCGCUGUCUACGGCAGCUUCGCGGCGAAUGUGGUCUUGGCCAUCCUCCAGCUCUACGGCGCCAUCGCAUCUGGGUCGCUGUCCCUGUUCACCACCAUGGCGGACUCGGUGUUCGACCCGCUCUCCAAUCUGACCCUGCUGCUGUGCCACAAAGCCGUGAAGCGGGUCGAUGCAAGGAAAUUUCCCGCUGGAAAAGCCCGCAUUGAGACCGCCGGAAACAUAUGUUUCUGCUUCUUGAUGAUGGCCGUUUCCUUCAUCCUUAUCGCGUUUUCGGUGCGCGACCUGGUCACAGGCAACGAGGAGGACACGCUGGGGUUCCAUCUCCCGUCCGUGAUCGCUGUCAGUAUCGCCUUCGCCACAAAGUUCCUUCUCUUCGUGUACUGCUGGGCCUUGAGGAACCAGUACUCACAGAUCCGAAUCCUCUGGGAGGAUCACCGGAACGAUCUCCUCAUCAAUGGCCUUGGUAUUCUCACAUCAGUCGGGGGAAGCAAGCUUCGAUGGUGGAUUGACCCCAUGGGCGCACUCAUCCUCUCAACUCUGAUUGCCGGCUUAUGGCUAAAGACCGCAUACUCGGAAUUCCAGCUCCUCAUCGGCGUCACUGCCGACACAGAAAUGCAGCAGUUGAUCACCUACAUCUCCAUGACUCACUCACCUUUGAUCAACGCCAUCGACACUGUCCGUGCAUACACGUCCGGUCCCCGACUUCUGGUGGAGGUCGACAUCGUGAUGGACCCGAGCGCAUCUCUACGCGCCACACACGAUGUCGCGGAAGAACUUCAAAUAAAACUCGAGAGCCUCCCAGACGUCGAGCGCGCUUAUGUGCACGUUGAUUACGAAACCACGCAUAAACCCGAGCACUUCCUGAAGAAGGAGUUGUAA